GUAUCUUGCGUUGUAAUGUAGACUUGUAGCUCGAGUUAUAUGUGGCACUGAGAGUUGAGACUAUUCGGUUAUAUUCGCGCUCGCGAGCAAGACGGUAAAAUCGGAAGUAUCGGAACUUGCGCCUUGCGGACUGCGGUAAGCACGCAGUCAACACUUGAGCUUACGUCGUGAAAUACGGAGUUCGAUUUUGGUCUCUCGCACAGUUGAAGGUUGCGGAUAAAAUUACAUUUUCGGCCUACACGGGACCGGCCUAAGACUUGAAAGUGAUAUUUGUGAAAUAUUUGGCUUUUUAGUGUGCAUAAAUUCAAAAAUGUUCUCCAGUAUUGCAGACAAGAACGCCGGUGCUUUCCGAAGCAUCGGGGAGAAGACAGCUUCUCUUUUCGAAAGAAAGAAGAAGGAUGCCGAACAGAUCGCAGCAGAGAAAGCAGCGGAGGCCGCCCAAGUCAUCGAGAAUCAAGUCAAGAAGACCGGUGAACUGGUCAGCGGAGCAGAGAAAAGUGCAUCGGAGGCAGCUAACACUGCUGCUGGUGCAAAAGAUGUGGCUGUAGAUGUCCUGAACAAAGAACUGGAGAAGGUGACCCUCGCAGCCGGUGAAGCCAAAGAAGCAGCGAACAGAGCGGUAGCCGAUGGCAAGAAAGUCAUAGACACCACCAAAGAAACUAUUGCGACGACAGUAGACAACACGAAAAGAGCAGCAGAGAGUGCCGUAAACACGGCAAAAGAUACUAUUUCAAGUACAUUAGAUUCAACGCAAAAAACAGCACAAGCGGCACUAGAAAGUGGAAAAACUUACGCCAACUCUGCAAAAGAUUCGGUAGCAAGUACAAUUCAUAGUACAGUAGACGUCACACAAAAAACUGCACAAACUGCUCUUGAUACGGGAAAGUCGUAUGCCACAAGUGCGAAAGACACAGUCGCUAGCACAGUACAAAGCGCAGUAGAUGCCACACAAAAAACUGCUGCCUCCGCUAUUGAUACCACCAAGACAUAUGCAACUUCAGCCAAAGAUACUGUAGCCAGCACAUUAGAAGCCUCACAAAAGACAGCUGCAUCUGCUAUUGACACUACAAAAACAUACGCAAGUACAGCUAAAGACACAGUAGCUAACACCGUACAUAGUGCGGUAGAUGCAACACAAAAAACAGCUGCCUCCGCUAUUGACACCACUAAGGGACUAGCAGCUUCAGCUAAAGAUACUGUAGCUAGCACAUUAGAUGCUACGCAAAAGACAGCUGCUUCAGCUAUUGACACCACGAAAGGAUAUGCUGCUUCGGCUAAAGAUACCGUUAGUAAUACGAUACAAAAUUCUGUAGAAGCAACACAAAAGACUGCUCAAUCAGCAGUUGACACGAGCAAAGCUUAUGCAGCUUCUGCUAAAGAUACUGUUGCAAGUACUGUGGAUGCAGCAAAGAAUAAUGCAUACAAUGCAUUUGAUGCUAGUAAAACUUAUGCUUCUGGAGCUAAAGAUUCAGUAUCAGAUUCUUUAAGUAAAACGUUACAAAGUACAAAAGAUGCUUCAAAUUCGGUAGUCGAAACGACUAAAAACUGUGCAGACAACGCUAAAGAAUCUGCACAAAGCUCAAUUCAGAGUACUUUGGACUCUUCGAGAGCGUAUGCGUUUUCAGCGCUUGAUGUUGGAAAAUCCUAUUUUGAUAGCGCUAGAGACUCAGUUGCAAACACUUUGGAUAACACGAAAAAAACUGCACAAAGCACACUAGAAACUGGAAAAACAUAUAUGGAAUCAGCCAAAGACUCAGUUGCAAAUACAGUACAUACUACAGUUGACGCUACUAAAAAUGCAGCUGAGAGUGCUUACAAUAAAAGCGCGUCAAUCGCUACGGGAGUUAAAGAUUCAGUAGACAGCACUAUUCAAAGUACUGUAGAUACAUCUAAAAAUGUUGCUAGCUCAGUGUACGACAAAGGUUCCUCGCUUGUAACUGGUGCCAAAGAUACUGUUGCUAACACUGUACAUAGUACUGUUGAUACAACGAAGAAUGUUGCUAGCUCGGUAUAUGACAAGAGCUCUUCGCUUGUAACUGGUGCCAAAGAUACUGUUGCUAAUACUCUACAUAGUACUGUUGAUACAACGAAGAAUGUUGCUAGCUCGGUAUAUGACAAGAGCUCUUCGCUUGUAACAGGUGCCAAAGAUACUGUUGCUAAUACUGUACAUGGUACUGUUGAUACAACGAAGAAUGUUGCUAGCUCGGUAUAUGACAAGAGCUCUUCGCUUGUAACAGAUGCCAAAGAUACUGUUGCUAAUACUGUACAUGGUACUGUUGAUACAACGAAGAAUGUUGCUAGCUCGGUAUAUGACAAGAGCUCUUCGCUUGUAACAGGUGCCAAAGAUACUCUUGCUAACACUGUACAAGGUACUGUUGAUACAACGAAAAAUGUUGCUAGUUCUGCGUACGAUAAGAGCUCUUCGCUUGUAACUGGUGCUAAAGAGACUGUUGCAAACACAGUACACAGUACGGUUGAUGCAACGAAAAAUGUUGUUAGCUCUGUGUACGAUAAAAGUUCCUCCCUUGUAACUGGUGCCAAAGAUACCGUUGCUAACACUAUCCAAAGUACUGUCGAUACAACGAAAAAUGUUGCUAGUUCUGUAUACGAUAAAAGUUCCGCAGCAGCAACUGGUGCUAAAGAUACCGUAUCAAGCACAGUGCAAAGUACAAUAGAUACAACUAAAAACGCUGCAGAUUCUUUAUAUGAUAAAAGUUGUUCCCUUACAACUGGCGCUAAAGAUUCAGUUGCUAGCGCAUUAAAAGGUACUAUCGACAUCACGAAAAACGUAGUUGAUACAGCCUAUGAUAAGACUUCUGUAGUUGUUACUGGUACCAAAGACGCAGUAGCAAAUACAUUACAUAGCACAGUAGAUACAACGAAGAACGUUGCAAGUUCGGUUUAUGACAAAAGUGCAUCAUUAGUUGCUGGUGCUAAAGAUUCGGUUGCAAGCACAAUACAGAGCACAGUAGACACCACCAAAAAUGUUGCAGGUUCUGUAGUUGAUAAGAGUACUUCUUUGGUAACUGGAGCUAAAGAUUCAGUUUCAAGCGCGAUACAUAACACAGUAGAUACAACAAAAAAUAUUACAGGUAACGUAAGAGAUUCAGUUGCCGAAAAAGUGCAAAGCACAGUCGGUACAACUAAAAACAUUGCUGAUAGUAUUUACGACAAAAGUUGUUCACUAGUCGGCAGUGUCAAAGAUACUUUUACUUCGGUGGUGGAUUCUUCAGAAGACGAGCCUGACUCUGCUUUAGACGAUGCUAAAGAUACCAUCAACACCACUGUGGACUCGACGAAGAAGGCGGCUGAGGACGCCAAGGAAAAGGCUCGUCAUGCUGCCGAGGCUGCCAAGGAAGAGGCCAGAAAGGCUGCUGAGGCCGCUAGGAAUGAAGCUAAGAGAGCUGCCAACGCCGCAGUAGAGGAAUCCAAGAAAGCGGCUGAGAAGGCAGCGGCUGAUGCAUCCAACGCCGUCCACAGCACCGUCGACAACACACUCAAGAGGGUGGAAAACGCCGCUGACCAGGGUAUGAAGAACGCGGGAAACGUCGUCGAUGCCAAGAUUAAGGACGCAGACAAAUAUCUGAACGAGAAGCGCGACGCACUUCUGAACAACUUGUCUCAUGCCGUUCACGACGGCGCAGAGGGCGCCACCGGUCUCCUUAGCAAGGGACUCGCUACUUUCCCCAAAUAAACGCACAAAACUUCAGUCAUACUCGGGAAGCUGGCAGGCUGCUAUUUAAAAAAAAUGUGUCGUGUGA